CUCCUCCCGGGCCGCGCUCCGACCCCUCGCUGCCCACCGGCCCCGCUCGCUGCUCCGCGGGCCGGCGGCGGGGCGGGGAGUGCGUGCGGGGGGGCAGGGGUGUGUCCUGCUCUCCUGCUCCCUGCCCGGGGCACCGGGGUCUCCUCUCCUCUCCCGGCGGCUGCGGCUCACUCGGCUGGCCGUCCCGUGGCGGGACGUGUGGGCUGCCCGGGAGCCAUGGCUCCGGAAAGUUUGCCGCUGCUCCUGCUGCUGGCGGCGCUCGGCAGCCGAGGCCAGUCGCCGUCGCCGCCGCCGCCGCCGCAAAGAGGACUGUUUCCUGCAGUGCUGAACCUGGCUAGUAAUGCUCUCAUCACAACCAAUGCUACCUGUGGUGAAAAGGGGCGGGAAAUGUACUGCAAACUCGUUGAACAUGUACCUGGACAGCCUGCAAGGAACCCUCAGUGCCGCAUUUGUGAUCAGAGGAGCCGAGUUCCACAUCAACGACACCCGAUAGCAAAUGCAAUUGAUGGCAAGAACACUUGGUGGCAAAGCCCUAGUAUCCAGAAUGGAAUUGAGUAUCAUUAUGUGACCAUUACAUUGGACCUCCAACAGGUUUUCCAGAUCGCGUAUGUUAUUGUGAAAGCAGCUAACUCCCCUCGUCCUGGGAACUGGAUACUGGAGCGCUCGCUGGACGGUGUGGACUAUCAGCCGUGGCAGUACUAUGCCAUCACAGACAGCGAGUGCCUGACACGCUACAACAUUCAUCCCCGGCCUGGAACCCCGUCCUACAUAAAAGAUGAUGAAGUCAUAUGCACUUCUUAUUAUUCCAAAAUCCACCCUCUGGAAAAUGGAGAGAUUCACACUUCUCUAAUUAAUGGACGACCUAGUGCUGAUGAUCCGUCACGUGAAUUACUGGAGUUCACCUCUGCUCGCUUUAUUCGCCUGAGAUUCCAGAGGAUUAGGACACUAAAUGCUGAUUUAAUGAUGUUUGCACACAAAGAUCCAGCUGAAAUUGAUCCCAUUGUUACAAGGAGGUAUUACUAUUCUAUAAAAGACAUCUCCGUUGGAGGCAUGUGUAUAUGUUCAGGCCAUGCAAAGGCUUGUCCACUGGAUCCAGUGACCAAUAAAUCCGUCUGUCAGUGUGAGCACAACACAUGCGGAGAGACAUGUGAUCAGUGUUGUCCUGGUUUCCAUCAAAAGCCUUGGCAUGCUGGCACUCUCCUGCAUAAGCAUGAAUGUGAACCAUGCAACUGUCACGGGAAGACUGAGGAGUGUUACUACGAUCAGGACGUGGCAGCCAGAAAUCAGAGUUUGAACAUCCAUGGGGAGUACCUGGGGGGCGGAGUGUGUGUGAAUUGCUCAGGCUACACCAGCGGCAUCAACUGCGAGACCUGCCUGGACGGCUACUUCAGGCCAAAAGGGGUAUUGCCAGAUAACCCAGAUCCAUGCCAGCCAUGUUCCUGUGAUCCAAAUGGGUCUUUAAAUGAUACCUGUGUCAAGGAUGAGAAACAUACAGAAGGAGAUUUGUUGCCUGGUUUCUGUCACUGCAAGACUGGCUAUGCAGGAGAAAGCUGCAAUCAAUGUGCCUUGGGUUAUACAGGAUAUCCUGAGUGCCUGCCCUGCAACUGCUCCCUUGAGGGCAGUGAAAAUGAUGACCCCUGCAUAGGUCCCUGCAUCUGCAAGGAGCAUGUUGAAGGAGAAAACUGUGACCGUUGUAAACCAGGUUUCUUCAAUCUUCAGCAAAAUAAUCCCGAAGGCUGUGAGGAAUGUUUCUGCUCUGGAAAAACAAACAUCUGCAGACACUCUCCCUUUACCUACAGAAGUAUAGAAGACAUGAAUGGUUGGUAUCUGACUGACUUACCAGGUCUCGUCAGAGUUGUCCCCACACAAAAGAGAUUUGAUGGGCAUCAGCAGCUAAGCAUCAGCAACGUGGCUGCACAAAAAGUACUACCACAGAUUUACUAUUGGAGCGCACCAAGUUCUUAUUUGGGCAACAAAGUAGCAGCUGCUGGAGGACAUCUGAAAUUUACAGUCUCCUAUGAUGUCACAGAAGAGGAAGAGGAAGAAACAGCUAAAUUGAUGGUUCAAUCUGAUGUCAUCAUAGAGGGAGGUGACUUGAAAAUCAGCACUCCAAAAGGGAUAAUUCACCUGCAGCCUUCUGAAGAGCACACUGAAGAAAUUGUGCUGAAGCCAGAAUCUUUCUCAGUGCAUGGCACUGAUGUUCCAGUCAGCAGGAGGGAGUUCAUGACUAUCCUGGCAAACGUGAAGAGGAUCCUCAUAAGAGCCACAUACAGCAAUGGGAUGAAUGCCAUCUACAGACUAAGAAGUGUUAUUAUGGAAUCUGCUGACCACACUUCACGGGGCAGAAGGGUAGCACCUGCAGUGGAGCUAUGUGAGUGUCCUCCAGGCUAUGAUGGUACCUCCUGUGAGUCAUGCUGGCCUCGACACAGGCGUGUGAAUGGCACAAUCUUUGGUGGAGUCUGUGCACCCUGUACGUGCUUCGGUCAUGCAGAUGUGUGUGAUGACAUGACAGGAGCGUGCCUGGACUGCAAACACAACACAGGUGGUUCAUAUUGUGAUAGAUGCCUGCCUGGCUUCUAUGGUGAUGCAACUAAAGGGACAGCUGAAGAUUGUCAGUUGUGUGCUUGCCCCCUAAAUAUACCUUCUAACAACUUUAGCCCAACAUGUCAUUUUGACCGACAUCGUGGAUUAAUGUGUGAUGAAUGCCCAGCUGGCUACGUGGGACCACGCUGUGAAAGGUGUGCAGAAGGCUAUUUUGGACAACCUUUAAUUCCAGGAGGAUCAUGCCAACCAUGCCAGUGUAAUGACAACCUUGACUUCUCCGUUCCUGGCAGCUGUGACAGCUUGUCUGGUGCUUGUCUGAUAUGUAAGCCAGGUACAACAGGCCAAUAUUGUGAGAGGUGUGCUGAUGGAUAUUUUGGUGAUGCUCUUCAUGCAAGGAACUGUCAACCCUGUCACUGUCACAUGAAUGGCUCCUUCUCAGAGAUCUGUGACUCUCGGACGGGCCAGUGCGAGUGUAAAGCCAACGUCAUCGGGCGCCGCUGUGACAUCUGCAAACCCAACUACUUCUGGGCCCCAGAAAAGGUGUUUUGUAUACCCUGUGGCUGCAGUGCUUUAGGAUCUGUAUCACUGCAGUGUGAUAUGUUGGGAAGAUGUAUCUGCAAAUCAGGAUUCAUGGGCAGACACUGUGAAAUCAGCAGACAGGUGCCUAAAUUGCAAGAAAAUGCGGGAAGCAGUCAGCAGAUCCGAGUUCCCCCGCGGCGGUGGGGCACCAGCAGUGCCAGUGGGUGCCCACGAGGUGCUUACCGGCCUGCUGCUCUGCCUGGAACAUUUGGCUUACAGUCUUCCAGAGGAUGUGUUCCCUGCAAUUGCAACUCUUUUGGUUCCAAGUCCUUCGAUUGUGAUGGAGACGGACAGUGCUAUUGCCAGCCUGGAGUAACAGGAAAGAAGUGUGACCGCUGUGCACAUGGAUUUUACAACUUUGAAGAAGGAGGCUGUACCCCCUGUGAGUGUUCACGUUUUGGCAAUAACUGCGAUCCGGUCAGUGGGCGCUGUAUCUGCCCUCCCAAUACUGUUGGAGAGAUGUGUGACAAAUGUGCACCAAAUCACUGGGGCCACAACAUUGUCAGUGGCUGCAAGCCCUGUGAGUGCAGCCUCAUUGGAGCCCUAAGUUCUCAGUGUGACUUAAAUACAGGCUGUUGCUUCUGCCGCCCUGAAUUCUCUGGGGAGAAAUGCACUGAGUGCAGGUUGGGCUACUGGAAUUAUCCACAUUGUGUGGCUUGUCAGUGCUUCCUGGCUGGGACAGAUCCACAGAGCUGUGAUGCAGAGGGGAAGUGCUCAUGCGUUGAUCAUUCUGGCCAAUGCAGCUGCAAGGUUAAUGUGGAAGGUGUCCACUGUGACAGGUGCAAGUCUGGUACAUUUGGUCUCUCUGCCAGAAACCCACUUGGCUGCAGCAGUUGCUAUUGCUUUGGCCUGACUACACAGUGCAGCGAGGCAAGGGGGCUGAUCCGCUUGUGGGUGACCUUGAAACCGGAGCAAAUGAUUCUGCCACUGGUAGAUGAGAAGCUUCAGCGUAGCACUCUUUCAGGGAUUGCAUUCCAGCCUCCUGAAAUAGUAGCAAAUAUAGAACAGGUGAUGCAGGAUCUUCGGUCAGAACCUGUUUACUGGAGACUUCCAGAGCAGUUUGAGGGACGAAAGCUGACCGCUUAUGGAGGGAAACUGAAAUAUGCCAUCUACUUUGAAGCACGAGAAGAGACAGGUUUUACUACUUACUCCCCACAAGUCAUCAUAAGAGGCGGGCCUCCCACAAAUACAAGAAUUAUUGUCCGGCAUAUGGCUGCCCCUCUGAUUGGCCAGCUGACAAGGCAUGAGAUAGAGAUGACAGAGCAUGAGUGGGAAUAUUAUGGUGAUGACCAAAGAGGCAGAAACUCUGGACCCUGGGAAUAUUAUCAUGGUAACCCAGGUCUCAACAGGACAAUGUCUCAGGGAGAUUUCACCUGGAAACAUUAUGGAGAUGACUCAAGACCAAGUAGAACUGUAUCCCGGGAAGACUUCAUGAACGUGUUGUAUGAUGUUCAUUACAUUCUUAUCAAGGCGACUCAUGGCAAUAUCAUGAGGCAGAGCAGGAUUUCUGAGAUCUCUUUGGAAGUUGCUGAAGACGGCCCUGUGUCCGGGAUGGCCCCUCAGGCUUACUUGAUAGAGAAAUGUGACUGCCCAUUGGGUUAUUCUGGUUUGUCCUGUGAGUCGUGCUCUCCAGGAUUUUAUAGGCUUCCAUCUCCACCUGCGGGAAGGACACCUGCUCAGUCCUUAGGCACCUGUACUGUAUGUCAGUGUCACGGGCACAGCACUAUGUGUGACUCUGAAACAUCAGUUUGUCAGGACUGCCAGCACAAUACCGCUGGUCACCACUGUGAGAGGUGUGCUCCGGGAUUUUACGGCACUGUCCAAGGCUCUCCAGAUGACUGUCAGCCUUGUGCUUGUCCCCUAUCCAUUCCUAGUAACAAUUUUAGCCCUACUUGCAUUGCUGAAGGACCUAGUGACUACCGGUGUACUGCCUGCCCACCUGGAUAUGAAGGCCAGUACUGCCAAAGAUGUUCUUCUGGCUACACAGGAAACCCACAGAUUCCAGGAGGGUCCUGCCAAGCAUGUGAGUGUGAUCCGUAUGGUUCUGUGCCUGUCCCCUGUGACCCUGUCACUGGGCAGUGCACUUGCAAGCCUGGAUUCACGGGGUGGAAGUGUGCUGGCUGCGAGCAUCGGCAUGCGCGUCAUGGCACCAAAUGCAUUUCUUGUGAUGAUGAAUGCACAGGACUCCUUCUCAAUGACCUGGAUCGGCUAAACCAGAUGAUCCUGAGUGUUAACCUUAGUGGUCCACUGCCUGCUCCAUAUAAAAUGUUACAUGGUUUUGAGAACACGACACAGGAAUUAAAGCAUUUGCUUUCACCUCAGAGAGCACCAGAGAGAUUUCUUCAGCUAGCACGAGAAAAUCUGGAUACCUUGGUGACAGAAAUGGAUGAACUACUGACAAGAGCUACCAAGGUGACAGCAGAUGGUGAGCAGACCAGGCAGGAUGCUGAGAGGACUAAUGACAGAGCGAAAUCUCUUGGACAGUUCGUCAAAGGCAUUCUCCAAGCUGCUGAAGCUGCAAAAGAAGAUGCUGUAAAAUUGAAUGAGACACUCAGAACUCAAGACAAGACUUUGGAGAAGAGUCUUCCAGAACUGCAGAGUGAGGCUGAAGGAAUGGUCAUAGAGAUGAGAAAUAGAGACCUCAGUGUGCAAGAAAAAAUAUCUCAAGAUGAGUUAAAGAAUGCAGAAGAUCUUCUGGACAAGGUGAAGAGAUUAUUUGGUGAGCCCAGUGAGAAAAAUGAGGAUCUCAAAAAGGAGGUCCGGGACAAGCUAGCAGACUACCAGAGCAAAGUUGCUGAUGCUCAAGAUCUGCUAAAAGAAGCUGCAAGUAAAAUUUGGGAGGCCGAUCGUUUAUCUGCAGUCAAUCAAAAAAAUAUGACCAUGCUGGAGAAAAGGAAGCAAGCUGUAGAAGAUGGCAGACAAGAUGUUGAAAAGACCCUUCAGGAAGGGAAUGAUGUCCUUAAUGAAGCCGAUCAACUUGCAAAUGACAUCAGCAUAGCUGUAGAAUAUGUAGAAGGUGUUGCAAAUAAGAUACAGCCAAUGUCUGAUCAGCUGAAAGACAAAAUAGAUGACUUAUCACAAGAAAUUCGUGACAGGAUGCUUCCAGAAAAGGUGUUGCAAGCUGAGAACCAUGCAGGCCAGCUGAAUGAAUCAUCUGCAGUGCUGGAUGGAAUCCUUACCGAAGCAAAAAACCUCUCUUUCAAUGCCACACGUGCUUUCAAUGCUUAUACUAACAUCAAGGAUUACACAGACGAAGCUGAAAGAGUUGCCAAGGAAGCCAAGGCUCUUGCAAAUGAAGCUAUGCAAGAGACAUCUGGUCCUCAAGGAUCACUGAAGGAUGGCGCCAAGAGCUCUCUUAAGAAAAGCUUCAGGGUUCUUAACGAAGCCAAGAUGUUGGAAAGUGAUGUUAAAGAAAAGGGUGAUGAUCUGAACAGCACACAGAACAGGCUGAAAGAUGCUGAUGAGAAGAAUUCCAUUCUCUUGAGAGGUUUGAAUGAAACCUUAGGAAAGCUGUCAGCCAUUCCUAAUGAUACAGCUAUAAAGGUACAGGCAGCCAAAGACAAAGCGAGACAAGCCAACGAUACUGCAAAUGACGUCCUGGCCCAGAUUAAAGACCUCAAUCGGAAUCUCCUGGGCUUGAGAAAAAACUACAGUAAACUUACAGAUGAUGUGGCCAAAACAAAUGCAGUUGUGAAGGAUCCAGUCAAGAACAAAAUCUUUGCUGAUGCAGAUUCCAGUAUUAAAAACCUAGAAAAGGAAGCAGAUCGCCUGCUAGAUAAAAUCAAGCCAAUCAAAGAACUCCAGGAUAACUUAGGAAAGAACAUUUCUCAGAUAAAAGAGCUGAUAAACCAAGCUCGGAAGCAAGCCAAUUCGAUCAAAGUGUCCGUGUCCUCUGGAGGCAAUUGUAUUCGCACGUACAGACCAGAAAUAAAGAAGGGAACAUACAACACCAUCAUUGUCAAUGUGAAGACUGUAGUUGCUGACAAUCUGCUUUUUUACCUUGGAAGUGCCAAGUUUACUGACUUCUUGGCCAUAGAGAUGCGCAAAGGCAAGGUGAGCUUCCUAUGGGAUGUGGGAUCCGGAGUUGGACGGGUAGAAUAUCCAGAUCUGACCAUUGAUGAUGGGUUUUGGUACCGGAUUGAAGCCUCUAGGACUGGGAAAAAUGGCACAAUAUCAGUGCGAGCUCUGGAUGGUCCUAAAGCCAGCAUCGUGCCAGCCACAUUCAGUGCAGUCUCCCCACCUGGAUACACCAUUCUGGAUGUGGAUGUUAAAGCUGUGCUGUUUGUUGGUGGUUUAACAGAAAAAAUUAAGAAGUCAGAUGCUGUAAGAGUCACCACCUUCACUGGUUGUAUGGGGGAAACCUUUCUAGACAGCAAACCAAUAGGACUCUGGAAUUUCAGGGAUAUCGAAGGCGACUGCAAAGGGUGUUCCGUCAGCCCACAGGUGGCAGACAGUGAAGGAACGGUGCAGUUUGAUGGUGACAGCUAUGCCAUGGUGAGCCGCCCAAUCCGCUGGAACCCCAAUAUUUCCACAGUCAUGUUCAAGUUCAGGACCUUCUCAUCAAAUGCUCUGCUGAUGUAUCUCGCUACUGAUGACUUGAAGGAUUUCAUGAGCGUAGAACUCAGUGGUGGGCGUAUAAAAGUCAGCUACGACCUGGGUUCAGGUACAGCUUCGGUUAUCAGCAACCAAAAUCAUAAUGAUGGCAAGUGGAAAUCUUUCACCCUGUCAAGAAUUCAAAAGCAAGCCAACAUAUCAAUUGUAGACAUAGACACUAAUGAAGAAGAGACCAUAGCAACAACUUCUACAGGCAGCCACUUUGGACUCAACUUAAAAGGGCACGAGAAAAUAUAUUUUGGGGGAUUGCCAACCCUGAGAAAUCUAAGUAUGAAGGCAAGGCCUGAAGUGAACUUAGAGAAAUACACAGGUUGCCUCAAAGACAUUGAAAUUUCAAGGACACCCUAUAACAUAUUGAGCAGUCCUGACUUUGUUGGUCUAACCAAAGGCUGCACACUAGAGAACAUUCACACAGUCAGCUUCUCCAAGCCAGGUUUUGUGGAACUGCAGCCGGUCUCCUUUGACGUGGGCACAGAAAUCAAUCUCUCCUUCAGCACCAGGAAUGAGUCUGGGAUCAUCUUGUUUGGCACAGGUGGCACAAUUGUCCCCCCCAGGAGAAAGCGCAGGCACUCUGCAAAGAAAGCUGCUUCUCUGAAGAGAAAGCGCAGGCAGACAGGACAGGCCUACUAUGCCGUGUUCCUGAACCGAGGUCGGCUAGAAGUGCACGUCUCCACUGGGAUCCGGGAUCCGCACAGAAUCACCAUCAGACCAGAGGCUGGCGAGUUCCACGACGGCAGAGCACAUUCCAUCCGGAUAGAACGAGCUAGAGGGAUGUUCAGUGUUCAAGUCGAUGAAGACAAAGUCCAGACUCAGAGGUUUCCAUCAGACCAGCCCAUCUCUGUUAAGAAACUCUUUGUGGGGGGUACAUCUUCUCAGUUUCAGACUGCACCUCUCAGAAACAUACCACCGUUUGAGGGCUGUAUAUGGAAUCUUGUCAUUAAUGCCACCCCUAUGGACUUUGCUCAGCCCGUGUCCUUUGAAAAUGCAGAUAUUGGCCGAUGUCCCACACUAGAACCAGAAGUUAGGCCAACUGAGGAUGAAGAUAAACCAACUCGUGCAACAGUUCUGGUCCAACCUGAACCAGACACUAAUGGAGAGAAAGAAGGGCCAAGAAUCCCUCCUGCUUCUACUCCUCCAACACCAUAUCUAUCGUCAGCACUUGAUUCCUGUGCUGCUGACACAGAACCAGCCAUUUUAGAAGGUGGCAAGCAGUUUGGUCUUUCAAGGAACAGCCACAUUGCAGUUGCAUUCGAUGACAGCAAAGUGAAAAACAGGCUUACAAUUGAAUUUGAAGUCCGAACAACAGCUGAUUCUGGCUUGCUGUUUUAUAUGGCCCGCAUCAACCAUGCUGAUUUUGCUGCAGUUCAGAUAAAGAAUGGUCUGCCUUACUUCAGUUAUGAUCUGGGGAGUGGAAACACCAGCACAAUGAUUUCCAACAAAAUAAAUGAUGGCCAGUGGCACCAGAUAAAAGUAAGUCGAGUGAAGCAAGAAGGAAACCUCAUAGUAGAUGGUGUUUCCAACGGGACUGUGAGCCCCAAGAAGGCUGAUAUACUGGAUGUUGUAGGAAUGCUGUAUGUGGGAGGAUUGCCCAUUAACUACACAACCAGGAGAAUUGGUCCGGUCCUCCAUAGCAUUGAUGGCUGCAUCAGGAAUUUUAAAAUGACAGAAUCACCUGUUGACCUGAAUAAUCCAACUUCCAGCUUCAACAUUGGAAAAUGCUUUGUCACUGCACAGAAGGGAACAUACUUCGAUGGAACAGGCUUUGCCAAAGCAGUUGGUGCAUACAGAGUGGGAACAGAUCUACUUGUGGAAUUUGAAUUCCGUACAACACGAAUGAACGGUGUUCUCCUAGGAGUCAGCAGCCAGAAAAUGGAUGGCCUUGGUAUCGAAUUAGUAGGUGGAAAAGUGAUGUUUCACGUUGACAAUGGUGCAGGCCGAUUCUCUGCUGUUUAUGAGCCUGAUGAACCAGGCAGUUUGUGUGAUGGGCAGUGGCACAAGGUUCUUGCAAACAAGGUCAAACACCGCUUGGAGCUGACUGUGGAUGGCACACAGGUGGAGACUGACAGCCCAAACAGGGCCUCAACCUCGGCAGACACAAAUGACCCUCUCUUUGUUGGAGGCUAUCCUGAUGGCGUGACACAGUUUGGGCUGACGACUAAUAUCCGUUUUAAAGGAUGUAUUCGAUUUCUAAAGCUCACCAAGGGUACUGCUAAACCUCAAGAGAUUAACUUCAGCAAAGCUUUGGAGCUGAAGGGUGUCCAGCCACUGUCGUGCCCUGCAGACUGAUGGUCACUCAGCCAGUAUGGGUCUGUUUAUAUAAGCACCUCAGAUCAAAAAAAAAAAAAAAAAUCUAUAUCUUCAUUGCAUUAAUAAUAAAAUGUCUUUGUGCAAGUA